CGAUGAUGGAAAGCGGCUGCUCUUGCUGUAGCUGAAUGUGAUGAGAACAGUGUAGAAGAUGGCUCCUGCUGCCACCCUCGCUGUGUUUCUGCUCUGCUGCUGCUUCUUCAGCGCCACAGACUCUCAGGAUGUUUGUGAUCUGUAUGCUGCAACAGGCACAAAUGUUACUGUGCGCCUUAGAUACACUUUGAAUGAAACGGUUAACCUGAAAUGGCUCAAGGAUGCAACAGUAAUCUUUAUGCGCAGAAAUAAAAAGGUGAUCACAGGGAAAAAGGAUGAUGUUGAUUCAACUGGAUCACUGAAGCUGACACAACUGACGACAAAUAACAAAGGACGAUACACCCCAGAGGUUCAUGGUGCAGAUGGAGUGAGUGUAGGGGAUUUACAGAGCACGCGUUUGUGUGUAUUAGAUCGUGUGCAGAAGCCCAAAGUGACGAUGACGUGUCUCGACUCUAAGAAAAACGUCCGUUUUACUUGCAGUGUUGGUCAGAAUGAGAAACUUGAAUGGUUUAUGGAUGAUAAAAACUUGACAGAAAACAAGAAAAUACUGACGAAAGUGGCCAGCACUGUAGCAAAUGCCCGUUUCUAUUGUAAAGUUUCAAACCCCGUCAGCUCUGAGAUCAGUCUGCCUGUUCAACAAAACUGCUAUGAGCCCUCGUUCCCUGAUGAACUGUGGGGAAUCAGUAUCUGGGUUUUCGUGGGUGGAGGAGCAGGUGUUGUUCUGGUGCUGAUCCUGAUUGUCAUCAUUUGUUGUAUCCAGACCAAACGGAAAAGGCGUAUGCGACUAAAGGACGAGGGGGAGCUUCGUUUGCAGUGGUCCAACCAGGAACGGCAACAUCAACAACAACAUCAUCAUCAUCAGCAUCAACAACAUCAGCAUCAGCAUCAAAAUCAUCCCGAUCAGCAUCAGCAUCAGCACCCCCACCACCAUCAGCAGCAGCCGGCAGGCAACACCGGCCCUCGACAGCCUCGCUCUAAGCAGCAGCGCGCCCAGCAGCGCCCCAGAGCCCCUGACCCCCCCAACGGCCACCCUCAGCCCAGCCCCCGACGGGCUGCCCAGGCCUCCAGACCGGCUGAUAACAACAACGAAGAGCAGCCUCCUCCUCUUCCUCAGCCCAGGAAGAAAAAGGCACCAAAAGAGUGAAACUUUCCUGACUUUAUAGAAAAUGUGAGCUCAGUAUUUCUGAAACAGAGUUGUUCUUCAAUCCACAUUGUAGAAGUUGGUCAUCUGUGUGUUGCUGUCAGCACAUCAGGAUUUCAUUAGAGUAUGAUGGAAAUGAAUUUGAACAAACUUAAAACAAAAAAAGGAGUUUUUUUUUUCAGAACCAGAAUCAUUUUAUUGUCAUUACAUGUCAAACAUAUAACAAAAUGGAGUUCCAGAACAACCAUCCAAAAGACAGACAAUCAAACAAACAUGGAGCAUAAGUGUUCUGCGACCUUGCUGCCCUCAGAGGCGCUGCCGUUUAAAAAGAUGGAAACAAAGCAAACACAUUAGGGCAUAAUAAUCUUAUAUUGUGCCCUAAUGGGGCACAAUAUGAGAUUAAAAAAAAACUCUGCAUAGCAUAGAAGCACAUAAACUGCAUGGGAGCACAAGGGUGGGGAGGGGAGGGGAUGUGCCAGAGGGGGCAAGUGAGUCCCGGGUACCGUGGAGGCAAGCCAGCGCGGGGAAUAGAGCCUCUGUUUACACAACACAACAUUCUCUCUUUUUAAAGCUGAAAUCAAACUAUAAAUCUACCCAAUGAGGUGUUGCUCAAACUUGAUCCUUGAGACUAUUUAAACAGCCUUCUGAGAGCGUCCAGGAGGAAACAGACUAGUGGUAAAUACGAGGUGUAUUAUAUGAAAAAUCAAACUUUUAUUUCAUAGUUUCAAACUGCCUUCAAGAGUGCUGUUUUUUUUUUUUUGUUUGUUUUUCAUUUUUUCUUGUUAUACUAAUUAAAAUACAAAGUAAAUGCUGUUUAAUGUACACAUGCACACAGAAUACUGCGAGUAGUUAUUAGCCCUCGCUGCUUAGCCCAUAUAAACAUCCUAGACACAGUUCAACAUUUUGGGAAAUACUCUUAUUUUCAUGUUUAUUAGAUUGACCGCUGUCACGUUUGGAUGCUGAAUGCAAAGCUGAGGCCAGCAGCUGGUUAGCUUGGUUUAUAUGUGAGGUAGACCAUCCCUUUGCUUCUUGGCAGAGACGGGCAAGCUAUUUGAGGUUUCCUACAAACGUUUUGGUAGGUUAAGCAAAAUCUGUCUGACUGUCUAUAAAAGAUGUGGUCACCCAUCAUGACUAGCUUCUUGAAGGCAGACCUCAUGAGCGAGGAGUGGAUCUUUCUGAGAAACCAAGAGCCACGCACUAAAGCACACCCUGCUUUAGCACCCUGAAUCAAACGGGGACUAUCAUUUAUAACCCGAGCGUCGUGCCGCUGUUAGCACGGCUUGAAACUCGGAACUGAAACCAUGUUUUUAUCAGGAGAAAAAAAAGUUGCUGCUGAGGACAUGUAUUGAGGGUGUGAUGGAGUUAUGCUUCUUCAGACAUCUUUCGAACCAAACUGCUUUUUUGGAACCACGAGCUUCCCCCUGCUGGCCAUAAGAAGAACUGCAGGUUGUGCCUGCAGAGGUGCCUUUAAAAUAUCAUGUUUUCACCUUUUUCUUGGAACCUAAACCUUUUUUUUUUCUUUCUACGAGAAGAAUUGCACAUUAUGUAUUUUAGGGUUGCACUUACAUUACUUACGUUACUACCAGCAGCACAGAGCCUUCGAUCUGUGAUCAGUGUUCUAUCCCGAAGGCUUCUUCUUCUUUCCAGACAGGGUGCAAAAAGAAUGUCAUGUCAGAUGUUUGCAUUGUGAGAACAGCCUUUACUGUGUGUUUUACAAUAAGGAAAACUAUGUGUCAUGUUGGCUUUUACUUUUGUAAAUUUGCUGAUCUUCUGAGGUUGGCCUGUAACUGUAGUCAGCUGUAGAUAAUUAAAUUUUACAAAAGUUAACUCUUCACAUUGUUUGCAAUGAAGUAAUGCCAAUAUGUUGAUGUAAACUGUGUG